AUGCCCGCUAUGAGUCGGUCAUUCGUCAUCAGCCAAGGCCAAGAUUGCGACGAUGUCGUGAUACAAUUACACGAGCCUACACUGACUGAAGAUAAUCUCGGACUCAAAACAUGGACGUCGUCGCUUCUGCUCUCACGGCGGCUUCACGAGAUGCGCAGGCUGAUCCCUGGCACUGUCGACCGGGUCUUGGAGCUAGGUGCUGGCACCGGUCUAGUGGGCAUAUCAGCCGCUUGUCUCUGGAAGACACACGUACUGUUGACUGACCUGCCAGAAAUCGUUCCCAACCUCCAGCAGAAUCUCGAGCACAAUAAAGAUGACAUUCAAGAACAUCAAGGAAGUGUCGAGUCGCGAGCACUAGACUGGGCAGAUGAGACACACACUCCGGUGUGGGAGCAGGACAGGUUCAAAGUUAUUCUUGCAGCGGAUCCUAUCUACUCCGCUGACCACCCGAAAAUGCUCAUCAGCACCGUCCGUCGCUGGAUCCGCUGGGAGACCGACGCGAGGUUCAUCGUCGAACUCCCCCUCAGAGAUAGGUACGACGAAGAGAGGCGCGCCUUAAGGAGUAUCCUAGAAGAGCUGGACUUCAGCUUGGUCGCUGAAGGGACAGACGUAGGAUAUGAUGACUGGCGUGGCCCAGACGGCAGUCUGGCAGAGGUGACUUGCUGGUGGAGCAUGUGGAAGCCGAACGUUCCACAGCCGUAA